ACGAAACCCAUCGUACAUGGGGGGAAAAUACUGGUUCCUAGCUGUACACCUAUAAAGUGGAGGGUUACCUCCCUCUCCCUCUCUCCUUCCGUCGAGCUACACAUGAUAUCCCGGACCUGCCUACCUGAUGCCCUACUUCUGGUUGGAGUUCUCAUCAACUGGAGGCUACAUUCUGCCAUUGCGGAUGUCUCCAAGUAGUGCAGCCUGGAGAUUGUGAGGAUGGUGCUGCUUGAAAUACCAUUGAAAAGGUUUUGGACCUCAGUUUCACAUGGACAUUCUCACUGUGGUGCUGGGACUACGGUUGCUACUAUGGCCUUAGGACUGCAAUGACCACAUACAAUUUUACACUCAAGUCUCCUUUAGAGAACAGUGGAUUGGUUCAACAAAACAGACUUUAUAUAAAAAACAUAACGAACUUCCCUUUACGUUCACACUAUCCGUUGUUACCCAGAUGAGGACAGGUUCCCUUCUGAGUCCGGUUCCUCUCAAGGUUUCUUCCUCAUAUCAUCUUAGGGAGUUUUUCCUCACCACCGUCACCACCGGCUCGCACAAUAUGGAUAAAUUCACACAUUUAAAAUCUCUAUCCUGUGUUUAUAUGUCUCUGUAAAGCUGCUUUGAGACAAUGUCCAUCGUUAAAAGUGCCACACAAAUAAAAUUGAAUUGAAUAGGGGUGGGUGUGUUUAAUAAACUGAUGAGAUAAAAAUGAGUGUAGCUAGUUAUGCACCCAAUAAAUUGGUAAUGCUAUAUUCCUAAAAUGUUACUUUUACUACACUGAUUACAUCACUGCGAGUCCUGUACAUGUUCCUGGUUAUAGAGCUGUAUUUUUAACAUGCCUGACUCAUUCUGAUCUACUAACCAAGGAGUGGGAUUUUUGCUUUGAAAACAAGUGUCUGACUCUUUCACGAUUCUUCACUGUGACCCACAAAGCAUUCAUUCCAGCAGGGGCAGCACAUGAAACCGAUACUGUGUGUUGUCACAAUGGGAAGAUGUGAAACGGGAAAAGACUCGAAUGUGAUAUGUCUUAAGAAUCUGAGGGGAAAAUGCAAUGUUAACACAGCUGUAUAAAGGUGAUUUUUAAAAGUGUAAAAUAUUCCUUACAAAUAGUUCUUAGGAAGAGCUUUUAAUUAGCUGAUUAGUUGGAGUGGGUGUGGUCGAGCAGGAAAACACUGAAAUGUUCAGGACAGGGGGGAACCCGUGCCUCAGGCCAUGCGUCCUUCCUCUGUCCCUAACUCAGACUUGUGUUGUUGAUUUUUUUUUAGUUUACAAAGGCCCUUGAUGUGUGUAUAUAUACAUAUAUGUUUAUUUAUUUAUUUUUGCUUUAUGAAGCUUUGAUUUAUAUAUUCUGGCGUCAGUGUAGAGAAAGCCGUUUGAAAAGUUCUCAUAAGAAUGUGAUUAUUCUGGAUUAUUAUUGCAUGAUGCAAAUCGGUGGCCAGAAUCUUCUGUUACGUGUUUAGUCAACAAUUCAAUUCAAUUUUAUUUGUGUGGCGCUUUUAACGACGGAUAUUUUCUCAAAGCAGCUUUACAGAAACAUAUAAACACAGGAUAGAGAUUUUAAGCGUGUGAAUUUAUCCCUAUUGAGCGAGCCGGUGGUGACGGUGGUGAAGAAAACUCCGUAAGAUGAUAUGAGGAAGAAACCUUGAGAGGAACCAGACUCAGAAGGGAACCCGUCCUCAUCUGGGUAACAACGGAUAGUGUGAAAGUAAAGGGAAGUUGAUCUGUUAAUUAGGGUCAUCAAUAGGAGGCAUUAAUUACUCUUACUGACGGAAAAGCUCAAACAGUGUCUAGAGACACGAUUGUGGAAUAAGUCUGAUGUAGCGAUGUUCCAGCAUCGAGACGGACCCGAGUUGUAAAGCGCUCCUCCGAAAAGGAGGAGUUCCCCUCACAUAACCGCCAACUCUCAUCAACAUAAAUAAACUCCAACCAUUUUUUUUUCUCAAACAAAGGACGGUUGGAAAAAUGGGGAAUAGUGUCCAGGCAGCUAAAACAAACCAACCCAUGUCUUCCGCUAACAAGCUGCUACUCUACAGAACGUACAGGAUUUCGCUAAGUUUUUUUUUGUGAUCGUUACGGCUAUAAAUGCUUGAUUUUGCUGCGGCUUUUAAAAAAACUUGCGUUUUUUUUGUGCUGCCUUUUUUUUAUUUGCCUAAAACUUCGUGCAAUUGCACAAAAUUGUUUUGCGCGGUCUUUCGCAGUGAUGUUUGUUGGUAGCCUAAAUGAGAUCUUUUAGCUGCGCUCACGUUCGACACACGUGGCUCGAACAUGAUUUUGACCGAACGCGUGUCGUGAUGACGUCACAUGACGCGUCUCGGCCCAAAUCUGUCGAAAAUCGGCGGUAGUUUAGAAAAAUUGCUAACUCCUCCAAAUACCGCGUGCGGAGUUUGCUUGAUUUUUCGUUCAUUUCUGCGACAAUUGCGAAAUCCUGCAUUUAGCAGAGAUUCUGAAUUGAAUUUUUAUAAUAUAGGACGAGUCGUCAAAAAAAAAAAUUCUGUAAAUGACAAACUAUAAAAUUCAGGAAAGGGGUUGUGUGGGGUUUUUUUCUAUUCUAUAUGCUCUUGUAUCAGUGUCUGUAACACUGAGGGAUGGAUACACCUCUGAAACCCGGGCGCUUUAAGACCCGAGUUGAAGUUGGGGUGUUAAAGCAGGAGAAGCAUUAACAUGUGCAGGAACCGAGGGUUUUAUUCUAGCCAUGGGAACCUGUGCAGUAGAUAGAACAGUCUGUAAAGUUCUCAUAUGAUUCUGGGGUGGAUUUUGCAUGAUGCAAAUUAGCACCCUGUAAUUAUUAUAUCAUUUGUUUAGCUGAGUUUGCCUUAAGCACAACCACCUGACGAGAAGAAAAGAAAAGAAGUAACCCGCUUUUGCGAUAAAUGCAUGAAUUUGACUCCAACCCUUAACCACUGCUUUAAUCUUUGGCAGGCCAGGAUUCCACCCCCCCCACCCCUCUUCCAUCUCCAGCCCCCCCUCCUCCCUGCGCGCCCUUUGCUGAGCUCGCUCGCCGUCAUUGUUCCGCGCGCGCAUUAAAGCGCAUUCCAGAGCGGCGGAGCGCACCCCUGCCCGGCCUCGCGCGCCUCCCGCCCUCCCUCCCCGCAUUCCUGCCGCACACAAACGAGUCCCGCGCGCUGCUCUGUUUCUUUUCUCUCUUAUUUCCCCCUGUUUCUUUCUCUCUCUCUCUCUCUCUUUUUAAAUUCCUCAUUUUUGUCACGUAGGGCUUCUCUUUUUCUCUCUUCCUUCCUUACUGUUAUUAUUAUUUAUUUUUUUUUGUUGUUGUUUCUUUACUCGAUUUGCCCCAAAACUUUUCGCGCGAGAAAUUAAACGCGGCUCGGAUUCGUUUCGAAAAAGACGACGUUUUGUUUUGGAAAGGAGAGAGAGAGAGAGCGUGAGAGAGAGAGAGAGAGAGAGAGAGAGGGAGGGAGAGAGAGAGAGAGAGAGAGAGGAAAUUCCUCCGCCAUUGACUGCAAAAGGACCCUUCAACUUCACCGAGCACCUCGUGCGGAAACUUUGUUUAAACGACAGUUGUUUGUUUUGUGUUUUUUUCCUUAAAGGAGGCCUCGUUGUUGAUUUUUUUAAGGAAUUAUGCACCAGGAGGAAAUCACGACAGAAACCUGAGGAAGAUGAUGAACCGACAAAGCGAGCGUUUCGGUGCAGAGUGAAAUGCACGAGCUUUAUUUUUUUUUGUACGUGCACCAGCAACACCGAUGGAUCGCUACUACGAAGAGGAUCCGGCACGCAGAGCGAGCGAGCUGAUGGAGAACCUGUCGCUGUGCGAGCCUUACCGGGACAUGAGAGCGGAGCUCGAGCCAGACGCGGACUUCGGGCUACCUGAGCACAAGAGUAAGCGCGCGCACAGAGACGCCUUUUACGUGGACGACGCAUACUGUAGCGCGAGAUCUGAAGUUGCUUUGCCGUGCUACGGCGGCGGCGGUGGCGACCGGCAUCGGAGAUCAUGCGUUCACGCGAGCCCCCGCUCGAGCCUCGCGGCGCCCGGGCAACAGGAGAAGUGUGGAAGCCCUCGGACGAGUCUCGCGCACUGCGACGGCAGCGGCGCUCUCAGCCCUCGCUCGAGCUACGCGAGCACGUCCAGCGACGCCAGCAAGCCCUCGAGCCCCGGCUACGUCUACGAGUGCACGAGCAGACCGAGCAGCAACCGUACGAGCGGCGUCAGCAUGGGCUACGACCAGCGGCACGCGAGCCCUCGUUCCAGCAUCUGUGGUCCGAACAGUGCAGGACUAACCCUCAGCCCCAGGUCCAGCAUCUCGAGCCACAGCUCCAGGAGCUCGCGGAGCUCGCGUGGCUCAAUGGGCGCGUGCCCGGAGCUGCUUGUUGCCUCCUCGCCUCGCGCGUCUCUACUGGAAGACGCGCUGCUACAGGACACCGGUGAAGCCAGCGUGCUUCACCGCGCGCACCUUCAUCCGUUCACUGUGCCGGAAGAGAUACACCACGGUGCCUCGGCGAGAGCUCGCGCCCCGGGUCCGAGAUUGAAGCUGCCCUACCAGGUGACCCCUGCGCGAGAGAGUGGCGCGAGCCAGGCAGAGAGGCGGCUCGAGGCCCUCACGCUCGAGCUGGAGAGAGAGCUGGAAAUGCACAUGAAGAAGGAAUAUUUCGGUAUUUGUGUAAAAUGCGGUAAAGGGGUGUAUGGAGCAAGUCAGGCGUGCCAGGCGAUGGGGAAACUCUACCAUACUAACUGUUUCACCUGCUGUUCAUGUGGGAGGAGACUGAGAGGAAAAGCAUUCUACAAUGUGAACGGAAAAGUCUACUGUGAGGAGGACUUCCUGUAUUCCGGCUUCCAGCAGACGGCUGAGAAAUGCUUCGUGUGUGGACACCUCAUCAUGGAGAUGAUCCUCCAGGCUUUGGGGAAGUCCUACCACCCGGGUUGUUUCCGCUGUGUGGUGUGUAAGGAGGGACUAGAUGGUGUCCCCUUCACCGUUGACGUUGAAAACAACAUCUACUGUGUUAAAGACUAUCACACAGUCUUUGCUCCAAAAUGUGCAUCAUGUGGUCAACCCAUCCUCCCAGCUGAAGGCUCAGAGGAGACCAUACGAGUCGUAUCCAUGGAUAAAGACUACCAUGUAGAGUGUUAUCACUGUGAGGACUGCGGCCUUCAGCUGACUGAUGAAGAGGGCCACCGCUGUUACCCGCUGGAGGGUCACCUGCUGUGCCACGCCUGCCACCUGCACCGGUUAAAAGCUUCCGGUCCCUCGCAGCCACCGACCAGCUAUCCGCUUCAUGUCACUGAGCUGUGAACACACACACACACACACACACACACACACACACACACACACACACACACACACACACACACACACACACACACAGAGCAGACAGUGCCACGAAGAGAGACGUGUGUGACGUCCUUUGCUGCUCCAACCAUCCACACCUUCACUGAAAGAGGCGCAGACAGACGGGAAACACACUCUCUUUCUGUCUCUCUGCAGCUCCACCCUGGAAUGAUGUCACAGACUCGAACUUUGACCCCCUGGUCCCACUUACAAGACACAACCAGCAUAUACAGCUACAUUCCGAGAAAGGAAAAGCCUUACACGUGGCCUUUCGCUGAAAAUCUCGCACUUAACGUUGUUUUUUUUGUUUUUUUUUUCACUCAUUGCCUUCAAGUUGCACCAUUAAUAUCUGUACGUCGUUUUGUAUUCAUAUAUACAGUAUGUGUGAUGUGAUGUGAUGUGGUGUGAUACUGGUAAGGAAUACAGAUCCUUACAAUGUGCUCACACUAAACACACACACACAGACAUUACAAUUUGUGUGUCAACAUGAGCAGCCACACUCACAAAUUGACACACAUACCGCCUUAACAUAUCAUAUUUAACCCUAUUGAUAUUCAGAGACAUUUCCUUUACACGAACGUAGAGUUUCUUCAUUUUUGUUGGAGUUUCAUUCAUGUUGGAGUUUCAAGCGCUUUGACGCAUCAUUUCUGAGCUGGUACGAGACUCCGACACUGGUUUGUCUGGGAGGACUCACGCCGGAGAUGUGCUGCAGCCGGAAGAGAGGAUCUGAUGUUUUUCACUCGUGAGUGGAUCUGAUGUUCUGCUGAAGCUCAAAGGUGCUGGUUUCACCGGAGUUCCACAGGAUGGAGGGGUGUAUGUGAACAUUCCCAGCAUGCAUCAGUGGCAGGGCCGUUCUGUAUGUGGAUGUUUGCUUGGCCUUGACUGUGUGUGUGUGUGUGUGUGUGUGUGUGUGUGUGUGUGCGCGCGCGCGCGUGCGUGUGUGUGUUAAAGGUUCAAAUGUAAACGCUAAUGGCAACCUGAUGACAAACCAGCAAAGUCUCCUUGUCAUGGGUGGGUGUGUGUGUGUGUGUGGUCUAUCACACACAUACAGGAGCCCUGCUGUAACACUACUGAGUGGACACGGGCAGGCUAAAACCAAUCCUGUCUCCGACAUCAUCAUUUCUAACACACACUUCCUGUAGAGCGAACAAUUCCACUCAAAAAUGCACAGAAAGUAUUUUUCUUUUUUUUUUUUUCCUGUCAGAAAAGAUGAGUCCCGUUCGGAAUUCCACACCACGCUGAUAUUUUUUCCUCAGAUCAUUCCCAGGUCGUUUUACCUUUACAAAACUUCACACUAUUUCCUCUCCAUGAUGUCUUAAUACACUUAAUACAAAAAAAAAAGUACUACUAUUUGAUAGAACACGGAUAGAUUCCCUGUAAAUAAACACCGCUAGCUUUUAUCCUCCGCUUCGAUCCGACACGGCGGUGAGCCGUAGCUUUGUUUCUCGAGUGUAGUUCUCAGAGCACGUAUCUCACAUUCUGCUUUUUGUAUCAUUCGAUGUUUUGAUUCCUUAGAUAUUUCAUAAAUAAAAAUAAAAAAAAGGAAAGUAGAUUUAUUUAUCUAAACACGAAAAAAGGUUUAAAGUUAUUUAAUGUUAUAAGAAGUUGGGACGUAUCAUUUAACCGUAGAUGAGAUAAUCUGCUUUUUCAAUAAAGUGGUUUUGUAGUUAACUUAAUCCUGCGUGUUUUCAGUUAUUGUCACGGAAUACAGGUGUGUUUUGUACGUCAGCUUCAUUCAAACCGGUUGUGGCACUGGCACGGUAGUGUGUUACUGGGUUUUAAACACUGCGUGUUCUUACUAGCUACUUUCCUAAACACCUCGUCAGUCUUAUAGAUUAUGUGUUCUUCAUCCUCAACUAGAUAUGUGCUCUGGACUGGUUUUCUUUUUCCGACCAAUCCCGCCUGCUC